AUGCAGCCCCAAACCACGCCCGAAUGCAACUAUACCAGUAUAUCCUCCACCUGCCUCCAGCGACAACUCGAGAGUCCAUUACCAACCGCGUCGAGCAUCGCCUGCAUCGAUCCAGUCUCCGGAGAUACAUGGAUUGCCAAGGCUGUGGCCGGAACGUGGGAGGAGAACGGGUGA